CAUUCACUAUGACUGAUCCUCACACCAAUUUAUUCGAUGGAUGGUUCAAGUUCAUGCUCCUCCACCUUCACUACUCUUCUUCUUCUCAAUCCAAAUUGUGUUCAUCAUACCCUUUUGCUUACUCAAACAACUGGUUUGGAAUUCAAUCCGAACCCUCAUCUUCCUCUGCAGUUCCUCCACCACCUCCUCCUCCUCCUCCAAGAGAGGCUCUUCCUCUCAUUAACAAGUUAAGCCUCAUCACAAAUCAGCAUGGAAAUGAACACUCAAACAGUAAUAGUGCAAUAGAAGACAAACAUGAGAGUCUUUUGACUGGUCCUGAAGAUGAUGAUGAAACUGUGACUGUUGCCCUACACAUAGGGCUUCCUAGAAUGGGUAGUACUACUUCUGAUCUGGGGUUGAGGAUGAUCCCAACUUCAAUAGAAAUGGCUGAAAAAGAGGAAGUGAAUAUGAUUUUUGAACAACCUUUGGAUAAAUUGAACAAGGGUCAGUAUUGGAUUCCCACCCCUUCACAGAUUCUCAUUGGUCCUACUCAGUUUUCAUAUAAAUCUUUUUGGCUGGCAAAUUCUACAGAAAGAAGCAUGAUCAAAUAUUAACUGCAAAUGAACUGCUUGAGGAGUCACAAUGGUGAAACACUUGCUAAAGAACCACUGCCAUCUUCAUUCCCAAACA